UAAAUGUGAUUUUAAACGCGCUCAUAAAGGAAUGUGGCGCUAGAGUCGGGAUAUUUGUGUAUUCUAUCGUCUGAUGCCCAUCUCGCAGAAAACCUGGGAGUUGGCACUUGGCAGUUGGCACUUGGCUUGGCAUUGGCAAACGGUUUGACCACAGAGCUCAGCUCAGCAGACGCUCAGCUCCUUUCCAAUAUAACGAAGAACGACGCAACAUUUGUUUUCGUUCGAUCGAUGUCUGAAGGAAAUUGCCUAAGUGACGUUAUUUCAUGUGAACAAUUUCAUUGACCAAAGUGCAUUUGAUGCUUUGACAAAAUGUCUUUGAGCAGAUAUGCAUCUACAUUACUGUAUAGACAAGGUUACAAAAACUUCAGAACAAUUGGCAUAAUUGGUAUAAAGAAAAAUUACAACGAAAAUGAAAUCUCUGUAUAUCGAGCACAACAAUAUCGAUAUUAUAAAGGUUUUGGACACAAGAGGGAAUAUCUACCACCAUUAACAACUAUAUGGACUUUAACAGCUUUAACUGCUGUGAUAUUGGUUCAUGUCGAUUGGACUUACAUCAAAGGGUGUCUAUUCCCAAGUGUUGGAGCUGCAGCCAAAAUCCAACAAAAUGAAGAGGACGAUGAUAACCAAAGUGUAGAAGAGUUAGAACAUGAUGAACAUAAAAAAAAGAAAAGCAAGAAAGAGAAAGUUGGAUUCCGAGAUAGAAAGAUAGUUGAAUAUGAGAACCGCAUAAGGCAAUUUUCAACACCAGACAAAGUGUUUCGAUAUUUUGCAACGCUUGAAGUUAUAAAUCCAGUCAACGGCUCACAUGAGAUUUUAAUGACACCAGAUGAUUUUUUAAGAUCUUUGACACCUGGUGUCUUACAGCCGGAGGGUUUGGGAUUGGACAAAUUUAAACGAUAUGACCCAAAGACUGUACAAAAUAAAUUGGAGUUAGAAUUAAACGAGAACAGUAUCUUCUAUAAGCUCGGGAGUUAUGGACUUAUAACAUUUUCUGACUACAUAUUUUUACUAACAGUUUUGUCAACAUCUCGUCGUCAUUUUGAAAUUGCUUUCCGAAUGUUUGACGUAAAUGGCGACGGAGACGUGGAUUUUGAAGAAUUCAACAAAGUAUCUAAUUUGAUUAGACAGCAAAGCAGCAUAGGAAAUCGUCAUAGAGAUCAUGCUAAUACUGGAAAUACAUUUAAGGGAGUGAAUUCAGCACUGAUGACGUAUUUCUUUGGACCAGAUUUAAAACAGAAGCUAAAAAUUGAAAAAUUUUUAGACUUUCAACAGCAAUUACAACGAGAAAUAUUAAGCUUGGAGUUUGAACGAAAAGAACCAAAUGAAGAUGGAUACAUCACUGAAGUUGCUUUCACCGAAUUGCUGUUGGCUUAUGCAGGAUUUUCGGAAAAGAAAAAAUCUCGUAUCAUCAAAAGAGUAAAAAAACAUUUCAAAGAUAGUUCACAAGGUAUCCAAAAAGAGGACUAUUUGAAAUUCUUUCAUUUUUUGAGUAAUAUAAAUGACGUAGAUACUGCAUUAACUUUUUAUCACAUUGCUGGAGCAUCAAUUGAUCCAGCUACGUUGAAGCACGUUGCAAAAACUGUAUCUCAUGUAGAUUUAUCCGACCAUAUAAUUAAAGUCGUGUACACCAUUUUCGAUGAGAACAUGGAUGGACAGUUGAGCAACCGGGAGUUUGUAGCUGUGAUGAAAAAUCGGGCUCUUCGUGGCUUGGAGAAACCCAAAGAUACUGGAUUUGUUAAGCUUUUACAGUCUAUCCUAAAGUGUGCUAGAAAUAGUUACGCCGCUUAAAUUAUGUUAGAUAAUCGACUUUAAGUUAUUUUUUCCGUCUUCCUAUUUAAAAUUGUGCACAAAACUCAUCGACUACUUGUAUACAACAGCGUUAUGAUAAUUUUAUUUUAUUUUCACUCUGUAAUAUACCGCAAGUACUUAAGUUAUUUAAAUACCUCAUAAGUAAACUAAUUUUUAUAAGAUUAGCGAACUUUUAAAGACUUUAUGCUCGUUGCAAAUAAAAUAAAUCUUAUUUCAUAAAAUUA